AUGACAAAGCUAGAGCCUUUGAAGAGCGGCUAUUACGUCUGGCAAUAUGUCCCCUCUAUGGUUGCGGCCGUCAUUUUCUUGGUGGUUUUCCUUCUCGCGACAUUUUUCCAUUUCUGGAAGAUGUUCCGGACAAGAGUGCGAUUUACACUGCCGUUUGCCAUUGGUGGCAUAUUCGAGAUCGUUGGGUAUGCGACCAGAAUCGAUUCUCACAAUAAUACUGGGAAAUUGAUGCCGUACUGUACCCAAGCAGUCUUCAUUCUCCUGGGUCCAGCUCUCUUUGCUGCAUCGGUCUACAUGGUGCUCGCUCGCAUAAUUCGCAGCGUCCAUGCAGAGAACUACUCUGUUCUGCCACUGAAGUGGGUGACCAAAACAUUUGUCCUGAGUGAUGUUGUCACAUUUUUGGUUCAAGCAGGCGGAUCAGGAAUGAUGGUCAAUAGCAGCCUUACCAACAUCGGGCAAGGCGUGGUUAUUGCUGGCCUAUGUCUGCAGGUGUUGAGUUUCUGCCUGUUUAUUGUCACUGCAUAUGUGUUCCAGACACGGAUGCGUCGCAAUCCGACUGCAGAGUCAUUCGAUAUUGCUAUCCCCUGGAAACAGCAUCUGCAUAGCCUCUAUGCUAUCAGUGGCUUGGUGCUCGUCCGAUCUAUAUUCCGAGUUGUGGAGUACGCUAUGGGCAAUGAAGGCUACCCACUGAGCAAUGAAUGGACACUGUAUGUCUUCGAUUCUGUACCCAUGUUUGCCGCCAUGGUGGUCUUUGGGAUCUGGUACCCUAGUGAUUUGAAGCCUUUCCUUGGGGAUAGAGCUUCUCAAAGCAGUGAGACUAUCGAGACCAAGGCAUGA